AGUUCCCUUAUUCGGGGGCUGUGCAGCUAAAUAUCCCUUAGUCUCUGGGAACUGAGGUGGGGUUGGACUUUCACACUCCUGCCUUGACCACAUUUGUCAAUUUUGCUCCAAAAUACUUGCAAAUUAUCACUCCUUUUCAACAUCCCUUGGAGCAGUUGCUGCCAUUUUUUGAAUCUGGAAGCUUGUGCCUUGUUCUCUGCAGCUGUGGUGCCCAGCCUAGCCCCUUAAGUUUUAUGUUAGUCCUGGUCAAGAAAAUAGGUACGGGGCUGGACAGUUGGCCGUCUCUGGCUAAGGCCAGUGACAACCCUACUUUUGACCUCUGGCCUGGAAUGCUUGGCAGUCAAGUACAGGCCCCAUGACUCCAGGCAAAGGGGUGGGGCCUGGACUGGCACUGUGGGGAAGGCUUGACGAAAGUGACCAUUUACAGCCCUGAACUUCAGCUCUUGGACGCCUGGCUGGAGGUUGGCUGUCCUGCUUCCUGUGACCUUGGCUUGAGCAGAGAAGGGCCCAGGGGGCACUUGGCACUGUCUCCUUAUCCACGCUGUUUACCUUCAUCGCUCCUCUGUCAUUUCUACCCCACCCUCUACUGCCCUAAACUGCUUCCUGGGCGAGAACUGUUUGGCUUUUUCCUGUCACGGGGUUGGGGGAGGGGGUGUUCACUGUCGCAGCCCUUGGCCUUUGGGGGAUAUGGAGCCCAGGAGGGCGGCGCCUGGGGCGCAUGGCUGGGGUCCUCGAGUGGCCGCUGGGUCAGCGACAGCCGCGGAGCUCGUGUACCAUCUAGCGGGAGCCCUGGGCACUGAACUGAAGGAGCUGGCUCGCCGCUUCGGGCCGGAGGCAGCGGCCGGGCUCGUGCCGCUUGUGGUGCAGGCUCUGGAUCUUCUGGAAAAGGCUGUCGUGGGGCCCGCCCCGGACUCGCUGCAGGCGUCGGCGCAGCAGGCGGAACUGGAGCUGCGGCGGCUGCGGGAGGAGAACGAAAACCUCCGCAGAGAGUUGCUCUCUGGGUCACAGGGUGAGUGCGGGCCCGUCCAGGGAGCAGGCUCAGGGGCUACCUCCUUCGGGCUGCCGCUAAGUAAUCCCCCUUCCUCAGAGGAGCGUGCUCUGCUGCGGCAGCUCAAAGAAGUGACGGACCGACAGCGGGACGAACUCCGGGCGCACAACCGCGAUCUGCUGCAGCGCAGCCAGGAGACCGAGGCGUUGCAGGAGCAGCUGCAGCGCCUCCUACUGGUGAAUACAGAGUUGCGGCACAAGCUGGCCGUGGUGCAAAUCCAGCUGCGUGGCGCACGAGACCGCGAGAGCGAGAGAGAGCUGCAGCAUGCAGGGGCCGUGGAGCUGGCUCAGGAGCGGGCGUGGGACCAGGCCGGGGGUCCUGGGUGUGAGCAGAGGCCAGAGGCCGAGCGGUCGACGGCUGGAGCAGGACCCCCGGGGGCCUCUGAGGGCCCGGCUGAUGCCUCACAGCAGCCAGGGCGCCCUUCCGAUGUAGGGCAGUGCGGCUUCAGUCGAGAGGAGCUUGAGCAGAUCCUUCGGGAGCGGAAUGAGCUCAAAGCUAACGUGUCCCUGCUGAAGGAGGAGUUGGCCUACUUCCAGCGGGAGCUGCUCACAGACCACAGGGUCCCUGGGCUUCUGCUGGAAGCCAUGAAGGUGGCUGUCAGGAAGCAGCGAAAGAAGAUCAAGGCCAAGAUGUUAGGGACCCCAGAGGAAGCAGAGAGCAGUGAUGAUGAGGAUGGCUCAUGGCUCCUGCUCUCCAGCGACAAGGGGGACUACCCCACACCCCCUGAGUCCAGAAUACAGAAUUUCUUUGGCCUGUGUUAUCGGGGUGAAGCAGAGGCCCCUGAAGCCAAAACCAGCAGCACAGCUUCCAGUGAGCUAGGGAGAGAAGAAGAGGCCCCACAGCAAUCCCACGUGAAGCCUAUGGGCAGCCCUGUAGCCCCCAGCUCCUGACCAGCCCUGCUCUGCUCUCAAUGAACAUCUUUGGGGGGCUCAGCUGCUCCAGAGGCCUGACCUUGAAGUCUGACUGUGGGUGGAUGUGUGGACAGGGCUCCCUCAAAUAAGGACGGGACACCCUCCUUCUCAGCUUGCCCCUGGCUCUUUCCCAAUCCUGGCCUGAGCCAGGGCAUGAUAGGAAGCUCAACCUACCUUCCUUCCCUGUAUCUCUGAGCCAGGCCUCCAGGGCCAGAUAAAAGUGCUUCCACUCUAGUCUCAGCUUCCCCAACCAUGAAAUGGAAAGCUGACUACCUACCUCCCAGGGCUUUGUGCGGAUGGCCUAAGCUAAUGUAAUAAAGAAACUGCCCAUGAUACCCA